AUGCUCCUGCGGCAUGCUUCGCGCAGCAGUCAAUGUAUCCAGCGGACUAAGCCCAUUGGUCUAUUAUCAACACGAAACAUACUAUCUGUUCCUUCGCCGUCCGCGAACUUGACGCGACCUCCUAGAGUCUCACGUGAGAAACGCUGUGCACCACUCUUCUCAAUAUGGCAUCAACAGAUCCGAGGAGCCAAAAAGCAGUCGGUCCUUACCCUCGAAGACCUCCCACAAGGUGACAUCUCCGACCAUUCGCCAGGAGAUGUCUCAAACGCAGAGCCGGAGCCGGAAUACCCUCCCCUCCUGCAGCAAGUUCGCAACAACAUGUUGAAGUUUAGCCACUGUGUACUGUUGACAAGAGUCGGGGGAUUUUAUGAGUUAUAUUUCGAACAUGCCGACGAAUAUGCGCCUCUGCUUAACAUCAAAAAGACAAGAAGAAAACCAACAAGAGGCAGUAGUAGGCCUGCAGUGUCGAUGGCUGGAUUUCCCGCCUACCAAUUGGAUCGGUACCUCAAAAUCCUCGUGCAGGACUUGAACAAACACGUCGCUAUCAGUGAUGAGUUCCUGAACGACGCCCCGACCAAAGCAAAAGGCGAACCCGCUUACACUAGGAGGGUAUCACGUAUUAUCACUCCUGGAACCCUUAUAGAUGAGCACUUCAUGGAUCCCUGGGAAAACAAUUAUCUGCUCUCUAUCCAUGUGGACACUUCAGAAUUGAUGGGGAAUGAAGCUGGCCGCAGAGGCAGCAAGGUUGCCUCUAUGCAGCCAUCUCCCCGGACUGAGGUCGGUCUUGCCUGGAUUGACCUGUCCAGCGGGGAUUUUAUGACCCAGAGCACCGACAUCGCGUCGUUGCCCUCCGCUGUAGCCAGGAUAAAGCCGAGAGAAAUCGUGCUUGAUAGCAUCUUUGCUGAAAACGACCACGGUAGGCUUGUUUCGACGUUGCGGGACGAUGGGUACACAAUCAGUUUUCAACAACGUCUAGAAUCGUCUUUGACAGUCAAAGACUGGUUACCUAUGCUGGAGGAUAUUGUGGAUGAUUUCGACUGUGCCAAUUUCCGUCCCGGCGAGGUUGCGGCCGGUGGGUCACUGUUGCACUAUGUCAAGCAUCAGUUGAUUGGCUCCCAGACUCGACUGCGUGCUCCUGUGAGACAUCAAGCCGAGGAGCACAUGAGUAUUGACAAGAACAGUUUGAGGGCCCUUGAGAUCCGUACUACCCUCCGGGACGGCACGUACGAAGGGAGCCUGCUGCACUCUCUGAAGCAGACGGUCACCAAAAGCGGGACUAGGCUUCUGACGCAGCGAUUGUGCGCUCCGUCGAUGUCCCUGUCUACGAUCAAUGACCGUUUGGACCUGGUGCAAGAGAUGAUCGAAUAUCCGCAACUCCGCCAGGAAGUUAUGUCAUUACUUGGCCAUACUUUUGACUCACUGCGCCUUGUCACCAAGUUCACUGUAGGCCGUGGAGAUGCCGACGAUCUGAUCGAAAUAUCCAAGACCAUUAUGACCACUUCCGAUAUAUUGUCUGUUCUCCAAGAACACUCUGCCUCACGUAGCUCCAUACCUAUCGCUGCUGAGGAUGAGCCUACAGAAAGGAGACGAAGGGCUUGUCUCUCGUCCCUGGGAAGACGAUUCGAGUUGAGUCAGCCUUUGGAACUGGCCAAGAGAAUUCAGGAUGCUAUUGAUGAAGAGGGAUUGUCUGAGCGACACCGUAUAGAGGAUGACGAGGCAGCUGCAGUAGCCGAGCUCACACAAGAAGUCCUUGGAAGGGAGGCGGGAGAAGAAGACCUCAAGACUCUGCCAAAACGUAUCCAACCCAAGCCGCAUAUGAUAGCACCCAGUUUCAAGAGCGCCACAGAUGGGAGAGAAGAUAUCUGGAUAAUGAAGCGAAAUGCGAGUAAAACGCUAGCAAAGCUACACCACUCUCUUGAUGUUCUGGUUCAGUCCAAACUGGAUCUGGAGAAGGACCUGCGGCGGAAAUUGGGCGCUGAAAGUCUGACUUUGAAGUGGACCCCCAAUCUGGCGCACAUCGCGCACGUCAAGGGAAAAGAUGUAUCCCGUGUGACCGCCCACUAUCCGAAGAGUUUGAGCAGCAGCAAAUCGACACGCUCCUUCCAGAUCCCCGAAUGGGCUCGGUUAGGUGCACAAAUGGAUGAGACCCGUUUCCAAAUCCGAAAUGAAGAGCAGCGGGUCCUCGCUGGUCUAAGAGCGGAAGUCGUCCGAAACAUCGUCAAGCUACGGCGAAAUGCCGCCGCACUUGACGAACUGGAUGUAGCAUGUGCUUUUGCGAUACUCGCUCGAGACAAAGGAUGGGUUCGCCCUAUUUUGAAUGCCGGGACCUCUCAUAACAUCGUCGGUGGUCGCCAUCCAGUGGUGGAGACCAGCCUCGAGGAGCAAGGUCGCAAGUUUGAGCCGAACGACUGCCUUCUUGGGGACAAUGAAAGGAUAUGGCUCAUAACAGGUCCAAAUAUGGCUGGAAAGAGCACUUAUCUCAGACAGAACGCUCUCAUCUCGAUCCUAGCGCAGACAGGCUCCUUCGUGCCUGCGGAGUACGCCGAGAUUGGGCUUGUGGACAAAAUCUUCAGCCGUGUCGGGUCGGCCGACAACUUGUUCCAAGACCAAUCCACUUUCAUGGUCGAGAUGGUAGAGACUGCCCAGAUUCUCAAGGAGGCUACGCCGCGUUCCUUUGUGAUAAUGGACGAAGUCGGACGUGGCACUACUCCGGAAGAUGGCAUUGCUGUGGGAUACGCAUGCCUACACCACCUGUACCACGUCAUCCAAUGCAGAACAUUGUUCGCGACUCACUUUCAUGUGCUCGCUGACAUGACGGAAGGGUUUGAAAAACUGGCCUGCUAUUGCAACGACGUCGCCGAGGGGCCGGACGGAAAGUUCUCUUACAUCCAUCGGUUGAGGAAGGGGGUCAACCGUCACAGCCAUGCGCUCAAAGUGGCCAGGGUCGCCGGCCUGCCAGAGGAAGCCAUCGCCGUUGCGGCCCGCGUGCUGGAAAGGGCACGAUCGCCAAUCCACAUGCAUCGAGCGGUGUUUCGCUAA